GUUACCAAACCCCAAACAAAAGAAAAACGAAAAUAAUACAGAAAACACAGUAAGGCCAACACACCACACCGCAGACCGUACAGUCCUAGAGAGAGAGAGAGAGAGAGAGAGAGAGACAACACACACGAACAAGAACACGAACACACGCUUUUGUUACAGUAGAAGUGUGAACAAAACCUAUUAUCUCUGUCUCUGGGUUUCGCGACGGGGAAGGAAGGAACACGACCUCUCCGAUCUUACCUUUGUCUUGUAAACUCUGUAACUUGUUGUACAGGAACCUCAAACAACCUAAGACUAACCCGUUUUCAUGGACUUUUACGGUCGGAGCUCCGCGAGGAAUGGAUCUAACCCGGUAAAUCAACCCGAAUGGCGCUCACCGGGCGCCGACACUGGUCUCGAAGAAUCGAUGUGGCAUUUAACGCUGGGUGGCGGCGAAUCUUACCCGGAGCGACCCGGUGUACCCAAUUGUGUGUAUUACAUGCGAACCGGGUUCUGUGGAUAUGGUGGCAGGUGUCGUUACAAUCACCCCCGUGAUCGUGCUGCGGUUGCUGCGGCAGUAAGAGCUACAGGCGAUUACCCAGAACGGGUGGGGGAACCUGCGUGUCAGUAUUAUUUAAAAACUGGAACCUGUAAAUUUGGUGCAUCCUGUAAAUUCCACCAUCCCAGACAUGGAGGUGGAUAUUUAAGCCAAGCUCCACUAAAUAUUUAUGGAUGCCCGUUACGGCCGGGUGAGAAAGAAUGCUCCUACUAUUUGAAAACGGGGCAGUGCAAAUUUGGUAUAACUUGUAAAUUCCAUCAUCCUCAACCUUCCGGCACAUCAUUGCCAGCAUCUGCACCUCAAUUUUAUCAACAGGUGCAGUCUCCUACGGUUCCUCUGCCUGAACAGUAUGGAGGAGCUUCCACGAGCUUGAGAGUGGCUAGGCCUCCUAUAUUGCCUGGUUCAUAUGUACAAGGGGCUUAUGGUCCUGUACUUCUUUCCCCAGGGGUUGUUCCAUUUACUGGAUGGAGUCCUUAUUCGGCACCUGUAAGUCCAGUGUUAUCUCCUGGCGCUCAACCUUCUGUUGGGGCUACUUCUCUAUAUGGAGUGACCCAGUUAUCGUCAUCAACAUCAGCUUUUGCUGGACCAUAUACUCCUCUUGCCUCUUCUAUUGGCCCUUCAGGAAGCAACCAGAAGGAACAAGUAUUUCCUGAAAGACCUGGUGAACCUGAAUGCCAAUACUAUCUGAGAACAGGGGACUGUAAAUUUGGAUUAGCUUGUCGAUAUCAUCAUCCUCGGGACCAGGUCGUGACACGGCCACUUCUUAGCUCCAUUGGUCUUCCUUUACGUACGGGCACACCGCCAGUACUUCCUAUUUAUUAGAAACCAAAAUCUGUAGGCAAUUUAGACAAACUGCUCUUUCAGUUGCGCUAAGGUCAAAGCGGAUAACAGUGGAUCUGAAGUCAAGGAUAAUUUUCAACAUUUGUUUUGCACAAUUGCAGAGUUGGUCCUUGAUGGCACAUGGUUGGUUUUGUAUAUCUAACAUGUCUCCUCAGCAAAAGCCUUUUUGGACUUGAGAACUGGAAUUCGACUUUCUAUUAGAAGAAUGGAGGUGGCAAGGAUUAAAAUCAUGAUCACUUUGUCAUUCAAGCCUUGAUAUCAUGUCAAGGACCAACUCCGCUAAAACCUUAAGUUAUUGGGUGAAAACACGUAAAUGAUUUUUUAUAUAUAUAUAUAAGUCCUAAUGUAAAACCUGCUUUUCAUACUACUGUGGCUUGUUGCAUGCUAAGUGUCUGACAUUUAAUAUUAUUUGAAGUUUGAACAAUAAAUUUACUAGCUCGUGACUGUUUUAUAUGGAUAUCAUUUUUGAAUGGUUCUUCAGCAUAUGGAAACCCAAGGUGUUGAGAAACUUAGUUCAGAAUGGAUGGUUAAGGCUUUCCAUUUUCCAACUCAGGACGUCAAUAAAGUGAUGUACUAAAUGUUAAAAGUUGUGGCAUGGUAGUUUCCGUUCUAUCUCAAGUUGCUUGCAUGUUUUGUGUCAUCAUGGUUGGGGGGAUAUGAUAUGGAAAUAUAAGAUCUGAGAUGGGGACUACAGCAUAAAGGAUGUGGAUUCAUCGUUACAUUAUGAGUAAAUUUUGGUUGUGGUCAACUUUUUUUGUCCCUCUUAUUGAGGAAAGAUGCUAUUUAAACAGCACUUGGAUACACAACAGCACAAGUUGCUCCGUUUGAAUUCAGGGGGCCUGCGUAGACUUUAGAUGCAGUGUGCGCACUUGUGAGUUGUGACUGCAAAUUUUGUGCAAGCGGCAUUAUUCAUGAUGGAGUUAGCCACCCUAAUUAUAGCUUAACUUAUCAAUUCAUAUAUUUGUUUUUCCUCUCAUUUAUACUAGUGUUCAGAGUUAAGUGACUGAUUAAAGGACUUAUAUUACUCGUUUGAAGUAUUAAUUUUAUGAGCUAUGAAAUAGUUAAUUGUUCUUGAUCACAUUCUCAUAUUGUGUUGUAGCAUUGCAAUUUAUGUGUUCUCUUUUGGGAAUUUUUCUUAAUUAA